CCGCUGAGUUCCCGCUGGUUCACGAGGGAGCUUUUUCCUAUUGAAGGAGUUGCAUACUUGACUAAGCCUGCCAGAGGUCUCGUGUUUCCUUGUGUUUAUUAAGGGUCAAAAGACAAGUUUCAUUAAACUACCUGAUUAAGGGGUGUGUGCCCGUUGGAGUAUGACAGAGUAAGUGUGGAGGGUGAGUGUUCAUAGGAGCAUGUUGUUAUUGUAAAAACCAAGGGCUUGCCUCUGUCCAUCUGAUUGGUCAGUGCAUGGAGUACGUGGAAACAAGGUAUUUGCAAGUGUUUCCUAUGAACAAUGGUCACUGUUGUGAGUCUUGGUUGGGGUGGGGGGGUGGAUGUGUUUGGCUGCUCAUCUGGCAUAUUGCCAGAUAAAAUUGAACAGGCUGUGCAGAACAAAUUCUCAAAAAGCACAAAGGAAGACCAGCAUUCUUUGAGCUAAAAGCGAUAGUAAUUUAGCUUCAUGUGAGUGCACUGUUGACACUGAUAAAUUUUCCUUUGCUUGACUGAAGGAAUGUCUGGGUAAGUGAUUGUAUAUUAGCACACAAUAACUGAAAUUAUGUCUGAAGCCCAAAUAUUGCUUUUUUCCUUUUGCUUGCUUUAACAUUCUUAUCACUAUGCUCAUGUACAAAAGGUUUGUGAAAUAAUAGUCCGAGUAGGCUGAACGUGCAGCUCUUUCUCAACAAAUGUGAGAGACAGGCAAAGGUAAACAGUCACACUAUUACUGCGAUACACUCAUGUCAACACGUUUCUACAAAUGUGUCACUUUGGCAUGACGAGCAGUUUCAGUUACAGAGCAAUCAGGAAAGACAAGAUCAGCCAAUUAUAAAACAUCUACAACAUACCAUUAUAAUCAAGGGUUUUGUUGGCUAUUUUGUGAGAUAUAUUAUAGGAAAACUAAAUUCCAUACAUUACAUUUACAAUUUACAAUACUAAAAAAAUAAAGGUGAAUAUAAAUAAAAAAAAUAUAUAUUAUCUAUUUACUAUUAGAUAGACCCAUCGUAAGUUUUAUUUUAAGACUGCAAGUGAGCUCUGUCAUAAAGUUAAUAAUUGAUCAGCUACUUUGAUCAUCUGAAGACCUUUAAAACUAUGACUUAACACCACAGUAUGACCACUGACACAACCUAGCUGAUGAUCUGGAGUCAGACACGUCAUUAGAUCGGCUGCAGACUCUCCCACACGUCCUGCUGAAGUCUGGAUAUUUUCACCAACAGUGGAAACUUUCACCUCUGCAGGCCUCUCUUGACUCUCUGUUAUCUCACUUAUCAGGUCUGGGUGCAUUCCUGGCAACAUUUUUGCUCUUGCUGUUGAAACAUACAAGCCGACACGCAUCUUAUAAAAUAAAUCUUGAGUAUUAGUUUGAGAUGGGCAGAGAUUAAAUGUCCAUUUGCAUAUGUACAAUUUCUAUAACAAGAACAACACGUAUAAUGGAAGUUAGUGUAAAAUAUUGUUUUACAAAACGAUUGGAAUUGGUCAAAUAAAGGGAAUGGCUCAGAUUUGGUGAGGAAUAUGGGUGUGGAUGUUCAGUCCCAGUAGAAAUGUUCUAAUAAGCUUUUCACCACACUGAAUGUGAGCCACUGCAAACUCACUUCCACUUCCUGUUUUGCAACAGAGAUUCCUGGAGCUUUGUGGACUGUGUCGUACAAAGGAUGUAUGCUUGAGAGAGAUGAGAGAGGCUAAUCUAAAACAAACACUUAUUUCCAUCAUUUUUGGCUAAACGCCUAUUCUCAGGAAAAUGGGUAUUGCUGGAAGACACAGCAGCUGCUGUUUCCGUUACAGCUGCUACUGUAAAAUAAAAAAUGUACUCAAUAUCGUGCAAUUCUUUUCUGCAGAAGACAAUUAAAAACAUUUGUAGUGUUAGUUGGUUUUCACUUUUUGCAAACAUCUAUAACUCAACGUGAGCGUUGCAUGUGUUUUGCAUGAUCUGAAAAGCUUAGCAAAGAUCAGUACACUGUUAUUCUUGCUCCCUAAUUUUUUUUUUAUCAUUUAAUGAAUUGCAACAUUAUCUCAAACUUUGACAUAAUUUCCUCAUGUUUAUCUGCUACAAAUUUAGUUUGUUUUAAGCAGCUUUUAUCUAAAAUUCAAAUUAAUUGGAAAGUACAUGAAAGCUACUGAAACAACCUUGCCUAUACAGGAAGGUAAACUUUUCUACAUGCAUUUGUUUUGUUAAUCAAAUUUCUUGUUCAGUUAUUUUUAGAAUAUCCACCAUCAACCUCAUCUCCACCCUAUGUCAUUUUUAGCUUUUGGUUCAAAAGGUAUUAUGCUUAAAAAGGUGAACAAAUCGGAAAAUUGAAUGUUAGAACAACCCCACCUGCUCAGACAAUUGUAGAUUUAAAAAGAAAAAAAGAAAAAAAAAUUGACUGGUGGUUAAAAAGUCUGUUGCUUUUGAGAUAGCAUGAGUUCAGUGGUUUAACAAGCCUUAAACGAAAAAAUUGCAAAUCUAGUUAUUGCAACAAAAAAAAAAAAAUGUUUUUCCUUUUCACAUUUAUAUUUGUCCUUUUAUAUCUGUACACAGAUACUCACUUUAGUUGGAUGUGGCGGUUUCAACCUGUGCCUAAUGUCUAAGCUAUUAAAGGGACAGUAUAACAACCCUCUUCAUGCUACUUUAUAAUCAUUCCUGCUCUCACCUACCGAUGCACAAUUCAGAUAUUUGGAUGGUAAAGGACUCUUAAUAUCAAAAAUACUUUCUUCUUACUCAAAAGUCUUUCAAGGAGGAAAAAAAAAGUAUACUUAUCCUCCCUCCAAAUAAAUGACCUUCCAGUUUGGAGUGUGCCAAAAGUCCAUUUAUACUUGGUCUCUAAGCAUGCAUCAAUCAUGGCAGCUCCUCUGCAGUGGAGCACUAUACCCAACAUUGAGGUCUCUGCCAGCAUGCGGCCCCUAAAACUGUGAAAUCAUCGCGUACCACCAGAUGCAGUAGUCACAAGACAAGCUUUUUUUCAUCAAAGAUGGGUGUAUGUGAUGUAAGAGUGCUUUUUCUAGAGUCUUGCAACUCUCAACAAUUUUAUGCCCUGAGAUCAUACAUUUAUUUCAUGCUUCUCUUCUUCAUUGUUAUCAUUUCCACCGACAUGUGAUGAUACAUGUUUAUUCUUUCUCUCAAUCGCUGUCUUCACCUGUGCCUCAGCCACUCCCCCAUUCAUUUGCUGGUUUCUGCAUAACCAGUUUAGCCUCCCUCCCUGUUCAGUCUAUAUAACAUGCUGUAGUGGCACUUUACACUCACUUUUCCUGUAUUACACACGAGUGUACCUUUCCUUCUGUGAGAUCUUUGGGGAUUUAACCAUGUCGCUUGACCAGGACCUAUGUUACCUCUGCAAGGAAGAUCUCAGGGAUCCUGUUUCAAUCCCAUGCGGUCACAUUUUCUGCUCUGUCUGUAUCAAGACCUAUUGGGAUCAUGCAGACCACACUGGACAGUACAUGUGUCCCCAGUGCAGGGUCACCUACAACAAGAGACCCAAUCCACGCCGCCUGCAGUCCUCACGUCAUUCAUCGUCAUCCCUCAGAAACUCAGACUCUUUCCCACCGGCCCCUCCGGCCCCUGACUACAAAUAUGCGGGACCCCAGGAUGUGGGCUGUGACAUCUGCAUUGGGAAGAAGCUGAAAGCUGUCAAGUCUUGUCUGAUGUGUCUUGCUUCCUACUGCGAGAAGCACUUGAAGCCCCAUUACGAAUCAUCAACCUUCAAACGACAUAAGUUGGUCGAUGAGAUCGGACACCUUGACCGUCAGAUUUGCCCGCAGCACCAGAAAGGUCUGGAGCUUUAUUGCCGGACAGACCAGAUGUGUAUCUGUGUGUUGUGUACAGUGAAAGAGCAUAAGGGCCACGACAUGGUGUCUGCUGAACAGGAAAGGUCGGAAAUGCAGCAACGGUUGGGCGCCACCCAAGCUGAGAUUCAGGAAAAGAUCCAUGACAGAGUGAAGCAAAUGGAAGAGUUAAAACAGGCUGUGGAUGCACUCAAGAGUUCAGCACAACGGGCCUUGCAGGAGAGUGAAAAGAUGUUUGGUGACAUGCUUCAUUCCAUUGAAAGAAUGCAACAGGAAAUGACCAAACUCAUCUCAACCAACAAGAAGGCUGCACUUAACACUGCUGAAGGCCACAUGGAGCGUCUGGGCCAUGAAAUUGCUGACCUGAAGAGGAGAGACAAUGAGCUGACACAACUCUCUCGCACUGAGGACCAUAUCCAUUUCAUCCAGAGUUACCAUAUGCUGAUUGCCCAGACUGAUGCCGAGGAGCUGCCCUCUGUUACCGUGAACCCUUACUUUUCCUUUGGCACUGUUACCAAAACCGUCUCUGAGAUGAAACAACAUCUAAAUGAGUUCAGCAAUGAAGAGCUGGUCAAGGUGGCAAAGACAGUGAACAAAAUGCCAUUCUGCCAGCUAGACGACCGUAAGAAGAGAAGGUCUAUGAAGUCUGAUGAUGUUGACAUGUACAAGAGUCCCAGCAACACUCCCCGGACAAGAGAUGAGUUCCUCCAGUAUGCCUGCAAGCUUACACUGGACCCCAACACAGCAUACAGACAGUUAUACCUCUCCCGAAACAACCGGAAAGCAGCACUAAAGAGAGACCCUCAGGCUUAUAAUGACAGUAACCAGAGAUUUGACUGCCUGCCCCAGGUCUUGUGUAAAGAGGCUCUUUCAGGAGGUGCCUACUACUGGGAGGUGGAGUGGAGCGGGGAGGGAGCCUCAAUUGGUGUCACUUUUAAAGGUAUCAAGAGAACGGGUUACGGAGACUCAGCUCGUAUUGGCUACAACCGCAAGUCCUGGAGUCUCUUCUGCUCUGACUCCAGCUACUCAGCUCGACACAAUAAAGACCAGGUUGAGAUUAACACACCCUACUCUUCCCGUAUCGGGGUGUUUCUGGACUGUGCAGGAGGCACUCUUUCAUUUUACACUGUGUCUGAGUCCAUGUCACUUAUUCAUCAGUUUAAAGCCUCUUUCAGUGAGCCUGUAUAUCCUGGCUUCUGGGUCUGGUAUGAGUCUUCUAUCACUAUUUCUCAAUUGUAAAUGAUUAAACCGGACAGGGGAUAUGAGGGCAUUACUACCAGGUUUUUAAAAUUUGUAUUUUCUAUUUUUAUUUUUACUUUUUUAUGAAUGACUUCUGGUGAAGCUGAUUACAGUUAGUGCAUUUAAACUGAAAGUUUUAAACUUUGAUAUACCAACUAUGUUUAUACAGUAUAAAAAAAACUACUUUUUACAAAUUUGCAAAAAUGUUAAAGAAGUUACAAAGAAUUAUAUAAAAAUAUUUAAAUAAAUUGUGAAAAAAUGUUUAGCUCAUUUUCAAAGAAUACAGACCUUACAAAAAGUCUAAUAUCUUCAAUGUAAUGUUGUUUCCAUCUGUGUGAUUAUACUUUUUGAUUAAUAUGAAGGUUAAGCAGAGGCCACAAAAGUUUUUUACAGUAUAUCUUAAGUUUGAUUUAUGUGGGUCAUUUUGUUUGCAUUAAUGAUCACAUAAUAAAAUAAUAAAAUUAUUUAUUUAACAAAUUGGGGAAAAAUAAGAGCUGAAUCACAGUUUAGAGUAUUAAAAAGAUGUGACUUCAGACAUAUUGCGAGAGUGACCUCUACUGGUUGUAAUCACAUCUGACUCAACAAUGGGGCAAUUUUGAACAAAUAAAACUUUACUGAUUUA